AGGAACACUAAGGGUGUAAAGAGGAAGUAACUGAACUCAGUCUACAACCAACAAACAACGGAGCUGAAGGAUCUCUGGCCUGCAGGAUCUAUAGCAUGGCAACAGUUGAAGAUGAUGUAGAAAUACCAGCCGAUUCUGUAGAAUCAAAACCUUCAACAAGGAUGGAAGUUGCGAAGAAAGUUCCAGACAGAAACAUUUACAGGCUGGUUGGGUUCAGCUUUGGACUUCUUUGCAUCCUGCAAGUUGCUCUCAACAUUUCCCUGCGUCAGACUCUCUACCAUUCUGAUGACCAUGGAAUAAAGUCACCUGAAGACGAUGGAGACCGAGGCAAAGGCAGAAAGAUCAGCUCAGAGGGAUUUUUUUGCUUUUACGAUGAUGAAAAUAAAAAGAGUUUGAAUCUUACAGCAGUAACAGAAACAUCUAAAGAACUGCUGGCAGAAUUUUGCCCCAGUGUGUAUUACAUCUCCUCCACCAAGAAAACGUGGCCUGAAAGUAGGAAAGAUUGUCUGAAAAGAGGAGCUGACCUGAUAAUCAUCACCAGCAAAGAAGAGCAGAAAUUUAUGGGACAGUUUAAAAGGAUCGUUUGGAUCGGUCUGACUGAUGCUGACAAAAAAGGUUUAUGGAAAUGGGUUGAUGGGACUCCGCUGACUUUAAGCUUUUGGGUUCCCGGUGAGCCGAACAACUUUCUAAAUAUAAAAGAAUACUGCGCAGAAACUAGGGAUUUUGAUUCAGAAAACAGCUGGAAUGAUAGAAACUGUGAUGCUCACAACUACUGGAUCUGUGAAAGGAAGCUACUGAAGAGGAAUGGUGCAGCAGCGGGUUCUUAGAGAACCGGUUACAGAAAAUCUGUCUCAGGAACCAUGAAAUGACGCCUGAGAGAGUUGCACUGUUUUUAUUGACUAAAGGUCAGUUUGAAGGUUUCCAUGAAUGCAAAGAUUUUUUAACAGCCUCAAAAUAAACUAAAGAAUAAAUUAU